AUGUCGACGACUCUUUUCGACGAUAUCUUUCAGGUGACCGAUGUGGAUCCGGGCCGUUACAACAAGGUCUCGCGCAUUGAGGCCCAUUCUACCUCACAGGAGUUCCAGCUCACCCUCGACUUGAACACAGAGCUUUUCCCAGUUCACACCAACGACAACUUGACGGUGAUGUUGUCAUCAACGUUGUCGCUGGACGGCACUGAAAGUGCUCAGGGCUCUUGGAGAGCAUCCCAACCGGGCGAAAGAUCGUUGGCCGACGACUACGACUACGUCAUGUACGGGACGGCGUACCGAUUCGAAGAAGUCGCGGGCAAGAAGGACUUGAUCGCAGUUUACUACUCGUUCGGCGGGCUGCUGAUGAGACUAGAGGGCAACUACCGUGGUUUGAGCAACCUCAAGCAGGAAAACGCGUACUUGCUGGUGCGUCGUUAG